AUGAUGCAUGAUAAUAAUAAUAAUCUUCAUUUACACAUUAAAUGUCCAUUUAAUGGUACUACUACUACUACUACUACUACUACUACUACUACUACUACUACUACUACUACUACUACUACUACUACUACUACUACUACUACUACUACUACUACUACUACUACUACUACUACUACUACUACUACUAAUACUACUACUACUACUACUACUACUACUACUACUAGUAGUAGUAGUAGUAGUAGUAGUAGUAGUAGUAGUAGUAGUCAUCGUAAAAGACUGUCAAUUAGUUUAAAAAAGAAAAAAAUGUCGACUGUUGAUAUGAAAUAUUCCCCCAUGAAAUCUGUCAUUCCGACAAAUGUUAAGUGUAACAAAGUAUCUAUCUUACAUGUCAUAUUGAAAUAUAUCAACAAUAUAACAUAA